AUGUUCUUAAAAGCAAUUAAAACUAACGAGUCUAACCACCUGGACCAAACUGUGCACAAUCUAUCAGCAUUUAACUCUGAGGGCUCCUUCACUAGUAUUGCAUCCAUUGCUACUGCUGCGAUUACAACCAGAAGAUAUAUCAAACAAGGAAAAACGCUUACGAUGAGCGAUGAGCAAAUCUCGAUAACGCAGCGAAUGAUUAGUGCUUGCUCAGGAAGUUUAAUCACUUCAUUGGUGGUUACGCCAUUUGACGUGAUAAGGAUAAGAAUACAACAGCAAGAGAUUCUACCGCAAAAUGAACCUUGUUGUCAAAAACAUUUUCCUCAAGAGUUUCCUAAAGAGUUUCCUACAUCGAGUAUAAAGCCUGUAGGGAUGAAAAUACCUUCCUCGGCAACAUCGUCUCUUAUAACAUCAUCAUCACCAUCAUCAUCACCAACACUCGCAUCUUCUGCAACAAAGCUUGCUACAUCAUCACCUGAACUAUUUUGGAUCCACAAUCAUUACUGCAAUCCGGGAGCUGAAAAUUGUACUCGUAUUUCAUCCACGUUCCAAGGAUUUGCCACUAUCAGUAAGCAUGAAGGUAUUACCACGUUAUGGCGAGGGUUGUCAUUGACUUUACUCAUGGCUGUUCCGUCAAAUAUUAUAUACUUCACUGGGUAUGAGUACCUUCGAGAUCACUCGCCUUUUGGAGGCUAUACUUUUAAUCCAUUGCUUUGUGGUGCCUUGGCAAGGUGUAUGUCAGCUACAUUUGUCGCUCCGGUAGAGUUGAUAAAAACGAGAUUGCAGUCCAUUCCAGCAGAUUCUAAAGAGUCGUCUGGCGUAAUGCGCCACCUUUUGAAAGACUCAAUGACCUUGAUGCAAAAGAAUGGAGCUGGCACAUUGUUUAAGGGUUUGGGCAUUACACUUUGGAGAGACGUACCGUUCUCUGGAAUAUAUUGGUUUUCUUAUGAGCAUUUAAAGCGUGGGAUAUCCGAAUUGUUGAAAGUUGACUUUAACAAUAAUUCCAAAACAUCAGCUGAAGGUCAUGAAGAUUGGAAGGUGUUUACCACUUCGUUUCUAUCGGGGUCCAUUUCUGGAUCCAUUGCCGCUUUUUUCACCAAUCCAUUCGAUGUGGGGAAAACUAGACUUCAAAUUACAACAGAUGAUGAAAGUGUUAGUCGCGAAGGAAAUAGACGUGUGAAAAGACCAAGCAUGUUCAGAUUUUUGGCUGACAUAUACAGAAAGGAAGGUGUGGGUGCUUUAUAUGCUGGGUUUGGUCCAAGAGUGAUGAAGAUUGCACCAGCUUGCGCCAUUAUGAUAUCUUCAUAUGAGAUUGGUAAAAAGUUUUUCAAGAAUGGGAAUUUGAAUAGUAGAGAUGGAUGA